AUGGCGCACUCGUUUGCCGAGGCCGCCAUCGCCUCACGCUCAUCGCUGCCAGCAUCUGUUGUACAGGUCCGAAGCCAGCCGCUUCCGCCGUUUUCGAGCCACAUCACCGCCGAGAUCGUCGAAAUGUACACCUCGGUCAAGUCGGAGCCGCUCCGCUCGCCGCCGCGGGCUCCUACAUCUCCGACGCCAACUACCCUCGACAUCGCGCCCUACACCCACACUUCGCUCAUUACCGCCAUCCUCAGCAUCGCCACCGAAGCCGUCUCCAAGGCUCGGCGCACCAACAGCAAUGGCAGCGGCAUCCUCUUGAUGCAGUGGCAGGAGUUCUACGCCCUCCGCACCAUCCUGCUCGACACAUCGCAUCCAGAGCAUGUUUCGCUUCUCAACGGCGCUGCUCGGGCCGCAGAGCCGGGUGACCGCUCUGCGCUUCAUCUCUACGUGAUGGCAGCCGCCUCGCGCGCUGUGGUCAGCCGGCUCAAGAGUUUUCGCGCCGGGUCGUCGACCAUCGAGGCCGGGUCAACAAUCUCGCCGCUUACUUCUGCUUUCCUCGCCCUCCAUAGGGCCCAUUACGUCCACAAGGCCAUCGACGCGCCCACCAUGACUGCCUGCAAGCUGGUGCUCACUGCCCGCAACCACGCUGCGCUUCUUGCGCGCAACGCCAUCGUCGCCCACAUCAACUCGGCUUCGCUCGCCACCGUUCACACCGCUUUUCGCCGUCUCGCCACCAACUACCGCAGUUUGCUCGGCCUCCCGCCGCAUCCGCCGCCGCUCCAGCUGCCCGAGCGCGAGGCGCUGGCUGUUCCAAACCGGGCUUCGUCACCAGCCGCUAGUCCUGCAACCCCAGAGCCGCAGCCGCAGCCGCAACCGCAGCUGCAGCCGCAGCCGCAGCCGCAGUCGCGCUCCUCGUUCGAUCUCCCACUCACACGCGCCACUUUUGCAAUGGCGCUCACCGCGCUGCGCGUCGUCGCGGCUGCGGACAAGGCCACUCACAAGGACGCCCUCAUCCGCGGCGAGUGCGCUGCUGUUCGCCAUGUCCUCGAGCUGAUGACAUCGGCCUCGCUCGACGCCAACCAGGCGCUCGCGGUUCGCCCUGUCGCCGCUGGCCUCCUUUUCCUCGCCGCCCAUUCCGGCCUCGGCUCGGCCGCUGCCGCCGCCGUCAAGGACGCCGUCCUGCCCAGAUGA